AUGGCCGAAGUCGAGUCAACGCAACCUCCCGCGACUGGUGAACCGGAGACGAUCAUCGAUGAUGGUGAGGAAGCUGAGACCAAAGAAAUCAUGCUAAUGAAGCAACGAGUGGAGGAAAUGGAAAAGGAAGCUAUGAAGCUUCGAGAGAUGCAGGCUGAGGCAGAAAAGGUUAAUAACGAUGGCAUGGACGCUGGCGUUCCGAUGGAAACAGACGAGGAUAAAGCCGCUGCGGACAGUCGGAGUGUUUAUGUCGGUAAUGUUGACUACAGUGCUACACCGGAGGAGAUCCAGGGUCAUUUCCAAGCUUGUGGAACGAUAAACCGAGUUACGAUUCUGUGCGACAAGUUUACAGGACAUCCGAAGGGUUACGCGUACGUUGAGUUUGCUGAGCCAGAACACAUUGACGCUGCUUUGACCAUGGACAACUCUCUAUUCCGCGGCCGUUUGAUCAAGGUCGGAGCAAAUUUUCCUGUGGCGUGUACAUUGUUACGGCAAAACGGACCAAUGUACCUGGGUUCAACCGAGGGCGUGGUCGAGGUGGGUAUAGAGGAGGCUACAGGGGAGGAUACCGAGGUGGUUAUGGCGGAUAUAAUCCAUACAGAGGGCGUGGCCGAGGUCGUGGUCGCGGGUUUUAGGCUCAAACGGAAGCUCACGUUCUGUGGCGACAUGCUGCCAAACUUCCUUCGUUGGGCGACAAGGUCCAUGUCGACCGCAGCAAAGACAGAGGCGAAGGCGUACCCAUUCUCCAAGACAGCCAUUAUACAUCCUAAACCAACUUCGCAUAUUCCCAAUGCUCUUCGGGAAGGCAAAGGCCUCAUGCCAUACCUUUUCAAAAAUCUCCCUCCACUCGACAAGCAGAAAAUGCUCCGAACAUUAUUCUCCCGCAGGUCUCCCAGUCAAGUGAAGCCAGGCUCCAUCCUCACCGUUACUAUGGACCAUGCGCCAUCCGUUUUUACGGGUGUUUUGCUCUCAAUACGACGACGCGGCCCCGACACAUCCAUUGUUCUGCGCAAUAUUCUCCAGCGAACGGGUGUGGAUAUGCAGAUAUUCGUCAACUCGCCGCAUGUCAAGGAGAUAAAGGUGGUGCGAAAACCUCCAAAGGGCAGAAUGAGAAGGGCGAAGCUGUUCUAUUUGAGGGAUGCACCCGACAAAAUGAGCAUGAUUGCAGGCGCCAAAAAGUAA